AUGAAAGCUCUACAACUGCUCCGCGAGACCGUCAGCGAGACCCCUCGCCUGAUCUUGAGCGACCUGCCAAAGCCAGCCAUCAUACCCAACCACGUUCUCAUCAAAAUCCACGCCUCAGCAAUUCACCCGAGCGACGUUGGGAACGCUUCAGGUUUCUUCCCAUACACGCAAUAUCCUCGUGUUGUCGGGAGGGACUAUGCAGGAGUUGUCGAAGAAGGGCCUCGCGAGCUUGUUGGACAAGAGGUAUAUGGCACUAGCGGUCACUCGUACGCCUUUACCAAGGACGGUUUCCAGGCGGAAUACUGCCUGAUACACGAGGACGAGAUUGCUUUGAAGCCGGAAACCCUGACGUUUGCCGAGGCAGCCACAGUGGGCGUUCCUUUCACGACAGCCUCGCAAAUGGUCGAGAGGGCAGCAGUCACAGAGUCCGACACGGUUCUUGUUCUAGGCGCCAGCGGAGCCGUUGGAUCUGCUGCCAGCCAGCUCGUCGAGAAUAUCGGCGCGAGAGUCAUCAGGGCGACCCGAGACGAGUCGGGCCAAGUGAAUACUGACAAGGACCCCGAGCUGAACACCCUGGAUGCUCUGACGGAUGGCAAGGGGGUGGACGUCGUCUUCGAUACUGUUGGAUCUCCUGCCCUGACGGUUAACGGACUGAAGAAGCUGGCCACAAGCGGCCGUCUUGUCUUUAUCUCAGCGCCCAAGUCGGGCGUUCGAGAUCUCAACAUCGAUAUGCGCGACUUUUACCGCUCAGACUUGAGUCUUUUUGGUUGCAACUCGCUGAACCCUUCGGCAAAGGAAAUGGCACGGCGGUUGAACGCCAUCACGAAGCUGUUUGAAUCUGGAAAGCUGAAGCCCGAUGGCAGAUGGACGCCGGUGCACCUUGACCAAGCGGUGGAGGCGUACGACAAGUUGCGGAAGAAGGCAACGAGGGAAAAAAGGAUUAAGGAGACGAGUGCCUAG